CCACGUAUCAGAUUUACAUUGGUUUCUUGUUUAGAUUACGAAGUUUUUGUACACCAGAUAAGCUUCCGUUCCGUCUGUUUCCUGCUCUUUCCUUUUCGUUUUUCCGUGUAAUUUUCUCUCGCUUCCUAAUUUUGUCAUCGCCUUCACCAUGGAAAACCAUUCUUGAUUCUGAAAUUUUUCUAUCGUUUCAAUUCUCUCUCUUCUCUUGCUCCUGCUCGAAUGGCGGCUGUUACUUCUCUGACUUUCACUACAUUAGGUCCAUCCUCUGAUAGGAAAGUCUCCGUUGCGUCAACUCGUCCGUUUGCUUCCAAUUUCGAUGGUUUUCCGCUGCGAACGAGCUUCUCUUGCGACAAUCUCGGCGUGCGAGCUUCGAAAUCUGGUUCUCCUUUGGUUAUUCAGUGCGUUUCUACCGUAACAGAUGUGCCCGCAGUAUCCGAGACAAAAUUGAAUUUCCUUAAAGCUUAUAAGCGACCCAUCCCAAGUAUCUACAACACUGUGCUGCAGGAGCUAAUUGUCCAGCAGCAUCUAAUGAGGUACAAGAGGACGUACCGGUAUGAUGCUGUCUUCGCUCUUGGUUUUGUUACUGUUUAUGAUCAACUCAUGGAAGGGUACCCAAGUGAUGAGGAUCGAGAGGCAAUCUUCCAAUCAUAUAUUAACGCACUAAAGGAGGACCCAAUGCAGUACAGAAUUGAUGCAAAAAAGAUGGAAGAAUGGGCCCGUGCUCAGACUGCCAGUUCAUUGGUUGAUUUUUCAUCUAGAGAUGGAGAAGUUGAAGGCAUUCUAAAGGAUAUUGCAGAGAGAGCCGGUGGUAAGGGGAGUUUCAGCUACAGUCGUUUCUUUGCUGUUGGUCUGUUUCGCCUUAUUGAGUUGGCAAAUGCUACUGAGCCCACCAUUUUAGAAAAGCUUUGUGCAGCCCUGAACAUAAACAAAAGAAGUGUGGAUAGGGACCUUGAUGUAUACCGCAAUUUGCUUUCUAAGCUGGUUCAAGCAAAAGAGCUCCUAAAGGAAUAUGUGGAAAGAGAGAAGAAGAAAAGAGAAGAGAGGGCGGUAUCUCAGAAGGCAAACGAGGCAGUUGCAAAAUUCUCAGGGGAUUCCCAAUUUGCUGGACGAUAGUGCAAAGUGUGAUGUCUUUGCAGAGAUUAGCGCUGUCAAGCUUCAGUUCCCCGAUUACUUGUGUCUUUAUAAGGCAUAGUUGGAGGGUCUAACGUUCAGGCAGCUUUUAUUGGAGUAUCGUUUGGCAUUUCAAUUGUAUUGUUUCCAAAUAUGAUGAUAUAAAAGCACUUGUUUCUCUCUCUCUCUCCCUUUUUUUUUUUCUUUACCCCUUGUAAGAAAAUUAUAUAAUGUUUUGUUCAAAAUGUAUUUUAUUGUUAAUGCAUGCAACCACCAAUAUGCAUAAACAAUAGCAUUUCAAAUGGAUUUGAUUCUCGUUUUAAAAUAA